GCAUUCGGACAACUCGCGAUUUCAGUCGGCGCAAGCGAGUCGACCGAAUAUAUUCGAGCCCCAUUCAGUCGCCGAUUUGCCGACUUUUCAGUUCACGUCUCGCUUCUGUCUUUUACACCUGCAUAUGCGUGCGUGUGUGACUGUGGUGUCUGUGUGUGUGCGUUUGCGUUUUGCGUUUGUAUUGUGUAGCGGUGAGUGGGGCGCGCGCGCGCUUUGCGUCUCUGCCGGCGUCGACGUUGACGUCGUCGUAGACGUUUGUUGUUUGCGCCUAACAAACACUGGCAGCGGUUUUUGUGCUGACUUUAGAUUUUAGUUUUUCUGAUACCGUAAGAGAUAAAUGACGUGCCGCGGCAGCCACGAAACUCGAGAGCCAAAAAAAAAAACACACACACAACACCAAACAGAAACAAGUAGCAAGUAGCAAGUAACAGAAAGCAACAAGCAAAUAAAGGAGUUCUUCUCGGCUUCUUGGCAUCAAAAUAAUGGCUUAAAUGGCUUCUAUGGCUUAAAAUAGUUGAAAUCUAUAAACAAAUUGUGUUAAGUUUUAGUCAAAUAACGUCCACGAUUAGUGCAAAGUUAAAAAAAAAAAAAAAAACAUCAGCAACAGUUAAUAGAUUCUUUUUGAAGUUCAAAUCAAACAAAUACCUCAAGAAACAAAAGCUAACAACGAACCAAGUGCAAAAAGAAACAAACAAAAAAAAGAAAAGAAAACUUAGUGCAAUUUAAGGCUAAAGCGCCAGCAGAAAGGCCUGGAAGAAUCAUGUUCGAAGUGUAGACCCUGCGUAUACGCAAUAUUUGGCCCGAAACCCCAUUAACGCAGACAUCACGCAUACGACGCGUUGUGCAAAAUGAUUAUGGUGCAACAUUUGGUGGCUGCCACGGCGCACAACUUCGCCAGCCAGGCGGCAGCCCUUGUCUCCAGUUCAAGUUCCAGUUCCAGCUCCUCGCUUUCAUCCUCAUCCUUGUCAUCAUCCUCGUCGUCGUCGUCGUCGUCGUCAUCGUCGUCGUCGUCCUCCUCCUCGUCCAGCUCAGCCACGCCCACGCCGGUCGCCUCGCCACUGACGCCCACAUCGCCGCCACCAGCAGCCGCUGCCCCAGCGGAGGCCUCACCACCCGGAGCCGGGGCCGAGGUCAAGGAGGAGCAGCCAGCGCCUGGAGGAGAUUGCGAACCGAAAGCAACGGAAGCUUCCGAGCAGAAGGAGGAUGCAAAGCCGAAGGAGAAGGAGGAGGAGGAACUAGGUGCCAUAGUUGAUACCGAGUCAGUGUUGGCGCGGCAAAGUCCAAGUCCAGUUGCGUCCACCACCAAAGCCCCCGAAUCCCCAGGAGAGAUGUCGCCGGGUUCACCAGCUCCAGCCACGCCCACAACAAAGGAGAGCAAUGGCAGCCGCCCGGAGAUCGAGGACGAGGACUCCGAAGCCCCGGACUGCCGCGAAUUCAAGGUGCUCUACAACCACCUGAGGCAGCAGCAGCACCACCACCACCAUCACAACUCCCCAUCCUCGCCGGACAAGACGCGAAGCACUCUGGACGAUGUCUCCAAGAUCCUGUGGGAACGGAAGCAGCAACUGCAGCGCAGCUCCGUGAUCACAGCCGCUCCGACGCAGCUUCAGCUCCAGCUGCAGUCCCAGAACAGUAGCCAGCAGCCCAUGAGCGACAUAGAGGACGAGGAGACGCUGGAGGAUGUGGACGAUGGGGAGGCGGAUGUGGAGGCCGAUGCCGAGGACGAGGAGCUGCAGUACCAGGACGACUAUGACUCGCCGCUGGAUCUGUCGCUGAGCAGCACCACGGCAGCGGCAGCCGCCUCGGCGGCCAGUCGCCGCAGAGGACGCACUUACUCCGGCACGGAAUCCGAUGACUCGGCGCAGUGCGAGCGAGCGAGGAUGCGAUUAAAGCCGGAACGGAAGGCAGAACGCUCGGCGGCCUACAAGAAGAGCUUGAUGAAGCGAUACUACACUGAAAUUCCUAUUGUCAAACAAUCGACAAGUCCAGCACCACAGCAGCAACACCAGCAGACACACCUGCAACAGCACCAGCAGCAGCAGCAGCAGUCCCACAAUGCAACAUCCUUCGCCGGAGCCACCACUCUGCUCCACAUCAAGACGGAGCAGAAUGCUCUGCUAACGCCGCUGCAACAGCAACAGCAGCAGCAGCAGCACAGCCUCCAUGGUGCAAACGGCAACAGUGGCAGCAAUGGCAGUGGCAACAACAGCAACAACGGUCACCAGCAGCAGCAGCCACUGGCCAUUCCGCACCGGCCGCUGCUCCACAAUUUGCUCAGCGGCGGCUCCAUCCACAAUCCGCACCACAGAAACUACACGACGGCCACAACAGGUUCAUUUCCGCCCAGUCCCGCGGACAGUGGCGUCUCCGAUGUGGACAGCUCCAGUUCCGGCGGCCAGCCCUGCGCCGAUGAGCUGAAGGCGCGACUUGGGGGCAUGCCCUCGGCCGCCGCCGCCGCAGCAGCAGCAACAUCAGCAUCGGCAGCGGCCGCAGCAGCAGCAGCGGCAGCGGCAGCAGCACACCUGCAUACUGGCACCUUUCUGCAUCCGAAUUUAUAUCAGAACAAUGCGGCGAAUUCGCUGCGGAACAUAUGGAAUCGCAGUGUUGGGGUGCCUGAUAACUAUUAUGGCAGCAGUGGCGCCGGCAGUGGGGGCGGCCAGCCAGGAUCGGCCGGCACCCCCCAAACGCCCGGCUAUCUGACAACGUCCUACUUCAACGCACCGGCGGCAGCAGCGGCGGCGGCAACGCAGCGCGGCUCCAGCCUCAACGGCUAUCAUUCCCUGCACCAGCAGCAGCAGCAGCAACAGUCGCAACAGCAGUCGCAGCAGCAGCAGCAGCUCAACCACCAGCAGCUAACGCACCAACAGCAGCAGGCGCUGCACCAGCAACUGUCGCACCAGCAGCAGCAACAGCAACAGCAGCAGCAGCAACAACACCCGCACUCGCAGCUCAACGGUCCGCCCUCGCAUCCGCAUUCACAUCCGCACCAGCAUCCGCACUCCCAUUCGCACCAGCAUCCGCAUCCGCACUCGCAUUCGCAUUCCACGAUCGCCAACGCAGCGGCGGCGGCAGCAGCAGCGGCAGUGGUCAGCAGCAGCAGCAGCGCCGUUGCAGCGGCGGCAAUGUUAAGCGCCAGUGCAGCUGCGGCGGCCUCAGCAUCGCAGUCGGCGUCGGCAUCGCAGUCCCAGAGCGUGAUCCAACCGGCGACGUCCAGCGUCAGCUACGAUCUCUCCUACAUGCUGGAGCUGGGCGGCUUCCAGCAGCGGAAGGCGAAGAAGCCGCGGAAGCCCAAGCUGGAGAUGGGAGUGAAGCGGCGGAGCCGGGAGGGAUCCACCACCUACCUGUGGGAGUUCCUCCUAAAGCUAUUGCAGGAUCGGGAGUACUGUCCGCGUUUCAUCAAGUGGACGAACCGGGAGAAGGGCGUCUUCAAGCUGGUGGACUCGAAGGCGGUGUCCCGACUGUGGGGGAUGCACAAGAACAAGCCGGACAUGAACUACGAGACGAUGGGACGGGCAUUAAGAUACUACUACCAGCGCGGCAUCCUGGCCAAGGUGGAUGGGCAGCGGCUGGUCUACCAGUUCGUGGAUGUGCCCAAGGACAUUGUCGAGAUCGACUGCAAUGGGGUGUAAAUAGAGAAUCCAGAGACCUAAAAUCUGAUUUUGAUAAUGAAAAUGGUUCUAGGAAUAGGAUGGAAAAAAAUUAUUAACAAAAAAAAAAGAGAAAAAAAGAAAAGAGAGAAGAAAAUACAACCGGCUAACGGCUAGCGGCAAUAGUGGCUGAAAAACCACGCAAGGAAUCCCUUUUGUACAUGUGUUGAGUUUCUUAAAAAAAAAAGCGUAAAUUAUAUAGCUGAUAGGUCCCGAUGCGAGUACACCUAUACAUACAUACUUACAUAUAUUAUAUAUUCACACCCCCUGUGUCCUGUGCGGUUAAAUUGGCGUUAGUGUUGUACUUGUAACUGUAAUUUGUAACUGUAACUGUAACUGUAACUUUUAAAUGUAUCGAUUACGAUAAUGAUUAAUUAUUGAAUAUUGUUAUUAUUGGUUAUAUAAUUGCUAUUGCGGAAGGACGAAGGACGAAGGACGACCGAAUUGAUUCUUAUUGAUAUUCGAUAUUCGAUAAAUGUGUGUAAUAUGUAAAUGAGGACGAAUUCUCUAUCUCUAUAUCCAAUUUAAAUGUAUAUGAGUAUGUACUAUAUGCCUAGCCUAAUAUCUUUUCAACUGCCCAACCAACCCCCCCAUCCCCGCGGCCCAAGUCUAGAUAUAUAUAUAUAUCUUCGAUCCUAACGAUCGAUGGUGUCUACACUUGGGCGAAUUGUUUUUGUUGCUUAUUUUAUAGAGAAGAGAGAUGGAAAUUUAUAAUUUCAUAGAAUUAGGAUAUUUGUAUAAUUACGAUUAGGUUAUUUAUUUAAGUGUUUCUCCAGCUAUAUGUAUCCCUUAACUUUCCUCGGAAACGAAACGAAAAACAAACACUUCCUAACUGGAGCUACUGGUGGUCUAAACUUUCUUGUAAUUAUUAUUUUAUAAGUUUUGUAUAUUUACAACAACAACAACAACAACAACAUCUACAGAAGAAAACUCACAGGUUAAAAAGAAAAACUAAAAAAAAAAUAUAUUAAAAAAUGAAAAAACAACUCCUUGAGCAAUCGUUUAAGCAGUCCUAGAACACCAAACACACUCUCUCACUCUCGAUCUGAAACUUAUGUUUAAAUUAAAAACCGUAAAGUUAAUUUUUAACGUAUUUUUGUUAACGCUACACUGCCACAAAACCAUGAACAGAAAACAUGAAAAAUAAUAGAACAGAAUAGAACAGAUCCAGAUCCCCAAACAGAAUCGAGAUCCUCAAUGCAAUAUACAAAUAUUAAAUAUUAAAUAAAUAGAUAAACAGAUUCUACAAAACAAUUUCCAAACAAACACUGCCCAAAACGUGCAAUCUCUUGAAAGAAACCUUGAAUAGGAUUAUUCGGACAGAGAAUAAACUCCUCCAACUCCUAGUUCUUUAAUCUAUUUCUUUAAUAGUUGCGUUCUCUAAGUACCUUUAUCUAUUCUUAAUAUUAUUAUUUUAAUGUGUACGUAAAGAUGAAAUCUACAAUAUAUCAUUUUGUUUAUAAUGAUUGCUUGAUUGAUUGAUUGAUGAUGCAAAUAAACAAAGUGAGUCUUGAGUUCAACUCUGUUCAUUGUAAACAAUUUUUUAUGAUUAUUUUUUAUUUUUUAAAUAAAAUUAUUAUUUCAAUUUGA